CGUUCGUUCCACUUUCUUUCUUCUUCGUCUUCUUCGUCUUCUUCUAACUCCAAAAAAUCAACAUUCACUUCAUCAAUAGAAUCAUUGAAUAUACAUGGUGAAUUUUCCCUGCUAAUUAAUUAAUCAAUUCAUUCCCCAUGGAACCCAAACCCCAAGCUAGUAGUCCUCCACCGAAACCUUGGGAACGAGCGGGUUCUUCGUCUGGCCCGACACCUUUUAGACCCCCAUCAGGUGGAAACACAAGUGAUGUUGUUGAGGCUUCAGGGACUGCAAAGCCUGGUGAAAUUGUUACUACUGCUGAUAGAAAUGCAGCUGUCAACGGGAAUACUCUCACCAGACCUGUUCCCACAAGGCCAUGGGAACAGAACUAUGGAAAUAACACCUAUGGUGGUGUUGGUGCAGGUUAUGGUUCUACAAUGAAUUAUAAUUCUGGAUAUGGAUCUGGAUUGUACGGAUCUUCUUAUGGUGGUGGGCUAGGAGGAGGAAUGUAUGGUGGCGGAAUGUAUGGUAGCAGUAUGUACAAUAGAGGAGGAUAUGGUGGUGGCCUCUACGGAUCAUCUGGGAUGUAUGGAGGUGGAAUGUAUAACAGUGGCCUGGGGGGUCCAAUGGGUGGUGGUUAUGGCAUGGGGGGUGUUGGUCCAUAUGGAGGUGAUCAAGAUCCCAAUAAUCCAUAUGGUGCCCCUCCAUCCCCACCAGGUUUUUGGAUAUCUGUGAUGCGUGUGAUGCAAGGCGUGGUUAACUUUUUUGGUCGGAUAUCAAUACUCAUAGACCAGAACACCCAGGCUUUCCAUUUGUUCAUGACUGCACUUCUCCAGCUGUUUGAUCGCUCCGGUGUACUGUAUGGAGAGCUAGCUAGAUUUGUGUUGCGGUUGCUCGGGGUCAGAACUAAGUCCAAGAAGGUUAACCCGCCAGGUCCGAAUGGACAUCCACUUCAUGGACCACACAAUUCUUCUGGAAAUAUGAACUACAUUGAGGGAGCAAAGGCUGCUCCAAGUGGUUCUUGGGACAAUGUCUGGGGAAAUGAUGCCAGUGAAUAAUUUGGUGAAUUUAGUUAGUGUGUUCAAGUACAGUAAAGAAAAGAGAGAAACAGAAGCAUUUCAAAUGAAGAUACCAAAGCUGAAGAAUUCAUGUACAUCCUGGAUUUAAUUUCAGUUUUCUGUUUUUCGUUGCCUAGAUUGGUUCUUGGUUUUACUAGAAACGGGAUCUUCAGAUGAUAAUAUACCAUCCCUACCUUUAUACCUUAGUUUGCUUUGAAUUUGCAGGAUGCUGAGUACAUGUAUUUUGAGUCUAGAAUGAAUGCAAUCUUGAAUACCUGCACAAAUUUAUCGGCACCUUAAAUUACAUUUCUUUUAAUGUACUCUUUUUCACAAGUGUGAACAUUAAUAAAAAUCACCUUUAUAUGGUGAAUUUGAGGAUGGACCACAAAAUA